AUGGCGUCCUCGCAGAAGAGUGAUGCAAAUGACCUGCGAGCAGUGCAAAACGCUUUUCAGAACAUGAAAGUGGAACCGACCAAGAGCACUGACGAGACGACGAAGAAGUCCUACACCUACAACGCCGAGCGCGUCCUGGGUAGUGGCUCCUUCGGUGUCGUCUACCAGGCAGUGGUGGUCGAAACCGGCGAGUCUGUCGCCAUCAAGAAGGUUUUCCAGGACAAGAGGUACAAAAACCGCGAGCUGCAGAUCAUGAAGGAACUCCGACACCCGAACGUGGUGGAGCUAAAGCACGCCUUCUAUACCUCAGGUGAGAAGCCUGGCGAGACGUACCUCAACGUCGUGAUGGAGUACUGCUCAGACACGGUCUAUCGGGUCAUGAAGCAUUACACGAAGAUGAAGCAGCCGGUGCCGCAUAUCUUCGUUCAGCUAUACUCGUACCAGAUGGCUCGCGCUUGCGCCUAUAUCCACGCAGUUGGAAUAUGCCACCGUGACAUCAAGCCUCAAAAUCUGCUCGUGGACGGCCACACGCACGCCCUCAAGGUUUGCGAUUUUGGCUCAGCAAAGCCUCUGGUAAAGGGAGAGCCCAAUGUCGCGUACAUUUGCUCUCGCUACUACCGGGCCCCGGAGCUGAUUUUCGGCGCCACGGACUACGGAUUCGUGAUUGACAUCUGGUCAAUGGCCUGUGUGUCAGCGGAGCUGAUUUUGGGCCAUCCAAUCUUCCCUGGAGAGAGCGGUGUGGAUCAGCUCGUGGAGAUUAUCAAGGUGCUGGGCACACCAACCAGAGAAGAGCUCAUGGCCAUGAACCCCAACUACACAGAGUUCAAGUUUCCGCAGAUAAAGCCACACCCGUGGCACAAGGUGUUUCGAGCCCGCACAUCGGCAGAUGCUGUCGAUUUCAUCUCGAAGCUCUUGGUUUAUGACCCGAAAAUGCGGCCAACCGGGCUUCAGUGCUGCACCCAUGCGCUCUUCGAUGACCUCCGCGAUCAAAACACGCGCAUCAGCAGCACCAAGCCUUUGCCGGAGCACUUGUUCGCUUUUGCGAAGGAGGAGCUUGCUUUGAUGGAUCCCGAGCUGCGACGAAAACUCAUCCCAGCUUGGGCGGAGGCCAAGAGGGUUGAGCUGGCGCCAGCCCAGGGAUGA